AUGGCAGCCCAGGGCGCAGAGGAUGGAGAAGAAGACAUGGAGGACGAUGAAAAUACUGACCAAGACUACGCACAGGAUCGCGAGAACGAUAGCGAGUUUGAGGUGACCGAGGAGGAUUUGUUCCAGGGUGGUCUCUACGAACCAUCCGUCCGGAUUCAAGUCCAAGGGAGUGAAGAAGGGAGUGAAGGGCCGGGAGGCGAUGGAGUGCGCCCACGACCCGGUGCGCCCGAAGAACGGAAGUCGAAGACCAACCCCAACAACAAGCUGAGUCAUCAGUUUCUUGCAAGGCAUAGGGACUGGCGGCUCUGCGGAAUGGGCCAUGUGUUCCUGUGGCUUCAUUUCAUCUACGACCUCGUUCCUCUGCGCUACGGCCCCGGUAUCGUCGAGCCUCUCGACUUUUCUGAACCGAUCUUGUGGACUAAAGCGCACCUCUUCUUUUCUUUGAAGAAGGGCAACCAGGGAAAGCAGAAGCAAGACGAGAUGCACUACAAAACGCAUAACACCUGGAUUAAGUGGGCCAUGACGAAGGCGAGAUGGAUUCUGAGCAAGGUGACACAUGCAUUCCGCAGAUCCGGAGCGCAACAACUCCAUGACGACGGUUGCUCCGACAACGAUAUCGACACUCUGGGCGGAUGGGCGCAGGGGGAGUUGCGGAGGUGUUAUGUGUUCGGCAUUCCGUUCAAGCCGGUUUGGCUGCUGGCAGGAUUCAGCGGGGAUCGUGGAGACUACUACAUCGGCAGAGCCCGCGCCAAGCUUCCGCGGCAUAAGGAUAAGGAGAAGGAUGAGUGGUUGCAGCUCUUGGAUCUCUUGAGGCUUCACAUUUUCCCCUGGGUCGAAGAGGGUUGGAAGAAGGAUCUGGCUAUGAUGUGGGCGUUCUGCCAUCAGCACGGCGUGAGAAACCCGCGGUGCAAUUGCGAGAGGCAUCCAUAUGUGCAGAUGAGCCCCUUGUGCAACCACCCGCUGUUCCAAAAGUGGGCGUACCUGGUCGCUAUCUCUCACUUCCAGGGCGAGAAGCUUCGGGCAACCGGCCAAACCACUGCCAAAGCAGACGCUAUCUUUCACACGACCGCAGAAGAGAAGAUGCAGAAGAUGCACCUCACCGCCAAUAUGCUCAGGGAGGAGCUUGGGAUUUUGAGAGGAUGUGAAAUGCAGUUGGCGAUGGAGAACGCUGAACUGAGGGAGAAACUCGCCGCUGAGCGAGAGGACAAGGCUCGGGUCAUUGCAGAGUUCGAAGCAUACAAGAGGUCUGUUGCGGCCAGGGAUGACGCGGCAAACACCUCUGCAGAGAUCGACGGAUCGUCGAAGAGCGCGGGAACAGGAGCAAACCAGGCAACGGACGCAUCCAAAGCACCAGUUGCUGUGGAAGAAUUCUUCGUCGUGGUCGUUGUGUCUUGGAGCGAAGCCACCACUAUUGCUGCUGCCUGGAAAGUGUGGGUGCAGCCAAGCCUCAUCAUGGGCGGCAGGUCACUGCGCGAAGUCUUUGCAGAGUUCGACCGGUAUAAGAAGAAGGACAAGAAUUCCAGCUUCAUCACCGCAUAUUCCCGGCUCGCUGACAAAGCUCCGAGGCGGCAACCGCAACGGCCAUUAAGCUGCUGGACGAGGUUUUUACUCGUGUGCAACUUCACGGAAUUCACCAACGGCCUGGCGGUGCUGCAUGAGACUCCGCCCAUCAAGAAACAGAAGACCGGUUCGUCGACGGAAAAGAGGACCGUCAACGACUUGGCGCAACGCAGAGUGGGCUGGCUGUUAGUCAAGAAGGGCCUUCGCGACCAGGAGUGGGCAACUUCGCUGUUUGGGGAUGAUGAGUGGGAGGAGAUCCACAAGGAACACAUGGCGCAGGAGAAGGCGGAAGAGGAGAAACAACGAACCGCUGCGGCGAAGAAGGCGGAACGGGAAAAGGCGAAGGGCGAAGCGUCGAAACGCUAG